CUUCGCAGGACACCAACUACUCAACAACGCUCCCUGCGAACAAGUCCUCCCUCCAUUCUCGACAUCUCUCGACACCAUCGCCAACAUGAGCUCGACCGAAGCGAACCCGGCUGUUGGCAAGGCUUCAAGAUGGUAUCCGGCUGAAGAUACACCUCAGCGCAAGAAGGCCCGGAAAUCGAUCAAACCCCAUCAAACCCGAGCCUCGCUACAACCCGGAGCCGUCCUGAUACUGUUGGCUGGACGCUUCAGAGGACGCCGAGUGAUCCUGCUCAAGCACUUGAAAGAAGGAACACUCUUGGUUACCGGUCCUUUUAAGAUCAAUGGUGUCCCAAUCCGCCGAGUCAACGCUCGCUAUGUCAUCAGCACCAGCACCAAAGUCGACAUUAGCGGACUUGACCAGUCGACCCUAGACAAGAUCGCCAAGCCCGAAUACUUCGCCCGGGAAAAGAAAAGCAAGAAGGAGAAGGGUGAGGAUGCUUUCAUGAAGCAGGGAGAAAAGCCAGAGAAGAAGCAACCCGCAUCCGAGCGCGCGUCCGACCAGAAGGCCAUCGACAAGCCUCUCCUUUCCGCAAUCAAGAACGAGGAAUUCCUUGCCAGCUACCUGCGAUCCAGCUUCAGCCUGAGACACGGCCAACGACCACACGAGAUGGUUUUUUAAACAACUCAAUACGAAACCGGGGCCAUGCGAUGAGUGGCCGUGAACUGGAGAGUCACGGGGUAGAAUGAAGGUAGAUGGGCGUUGUCUGUGUGCUUGCGUGGUGGUCUUCAAGCAAUGACUCUAUUCCGAGAAAACAGACAAACACAAUGUGAUGGGCCACGGCAUGAUUGACCAUGAGGGUAAAUUCCAUGGACCAUGCUACGCUGAGCUGUUCAUGUGCCAAAAAAGCCAGAACCAAAGAAAGAAUGAUUCUGCAGAGCCGAUGCCUUGAAUCAAGUUUCAGGAUUCUUGCCAAAUGAUAAGCGACAUGAAAUCUAUUCCUCCAUCAUUGACUUACAUCUAUGUGAAUUUCAAUUGGCUUUUGCAGGAGCAGGAGCAGGAGCACUAUUUGUGGCAGGCACCUUCGCA